UUUCGUCCACGUCAAUUGCGUAGCUUUUCUCGCGUUGUGUGAGAAUGAUCAAAGGAGAAAUCGCGCUCGUUCUAGCGCUAGGUCACAAAUUCUAGCCGAGAAAUCUCGCUAGAUGAGAGAGAUCAUCAGCAUACACGUCGGGCAGGCAGGAAUCCAGCUAGGGAAUUCGUGCUGGGAGCUCUUCUGCCUGGAGCACGGCAUUCAACCCAAUGGAAAGGCGAUCGAUCGCAACGAUCACCAGGAAGCCAUGGCCGGAGCUACCAAGGAAUCGUUUGGAACCUUUUUCAGCGAGGCGGCGUCCGCGACGAAGCACGUCCCAAGGGCGGUGAUGGUGGAUUUGGAGCCUACUGUGAUCGAUGAGAUAAGAACUGGGAGCUACAGGGAGCUCUUCCAUCCCGAUCAGCUCAUCUCUGGGAAGGAGGACGCAGCGAAUAAUUUCGCUCGAGGACACUACACAGUUGGAAGAGAGAUUCUGGAGCAGUGCCUAGACAGGAUACGAAAGCUCGCAGACAAUUGCUCGGGGUUGCAAGGAUUUUUGGUUUUCAAUGCGGUGGGAGGAGGAACUGGCUCGGGUUUGGGAGCGCUCUUGCUCGAGAGACUGACUUGUGACUAUGGACGGAAGUCCAAGCUCGGGUUUUCCAUAUAUCCAUCCCCCAAGAUCUCCACGGCUGUUGUGGAGCCAUACAACAGCGUUCUAGCAACGCACGCUCUACUCGAGCACUCAGACGUAGUCGCGGUUCUAGACAACGAGGCCAUCUACGACAUAUGCCGAAAGUCCUUGAACAUCGAGAGGCCGAGCUACACAAACUUAAACCGCCUCGUCUCGCAAGUCAUCUCCUCGCUCACGACCUCGCUGCGAUUCAACGGCGCUCUCAACGUAGACAUCUCCGAGUUCCAGACCAACUUAGUCCCGUUCCCGCGGAUCCACUUCAUGCUCUCGUCCUACGCGCCGGUCAUCUCGGCCGAGAGGGCCUUCCACGAGCAGCUCUCGGUUUCCGAGAUCACCACGUCCGUCUUCGAGCCGGCGUCCAUGAUGGCCAAGUGCGAUCCUCGCCACGGCAAGUACAUGGCGUGCUGUAUGAUGUACCGCGGCGACUUGACGCCGAAAGAAGUCCAGCAGGCGGUGUCAAACAUAAGGACCAAGCGCUCGGUUCAAUUCGUGGACUGGUGUCCGACUGGAUUCAAGUGUGGCAUAAACUACCAGCCGCCGACGGCGGUUCCAAACGGAGAUCUGGCGAGAGUGAAGCGCGCAGUGUGUAUGAUCAGCAACAACACCGCGGUGGCGGACGUUUUCUCGCACAUAAACCACAAGUUCGAUCUCAUGUUCUCCAAGCGCGCGUUUGUUCACUGGUACGUCGGCGAGGGGAUGGAGGAGGGCGAGUUCUCGGAGGCCCGCGAGGACGUGGCGGCCCUGGAGAAGGACUACGCCGAGGUCGCCCAAGACGGCGACGAAGACGAGCAAUCCCAAGUCAACGGAGCCGAAGCGUACUAGAGUCACAAGUCAACGACGUUGACUUGACUGUGAAAGCCAACCGAUAUUCUCGGUGUAAAAAACUUCGUACAAAUAAAACAUUCCGUACGAAAA